GCCUUGAAUUGAGACAGAGUUAUGUGUUCAAAGAAGAGAUUGCUCCUUGGGAAAAGGAAGUCAUAACGGACCCUGGUACACCAAAGCCAAAUCCAAACCCUUUUGCAUAUACUACUCAACAGAAAUCAGAUCAUUUCUUUCAAAUGGUGGACGGAGUUGUGCAUGUAUAUACAAGUCAACAUUCAAUGGAAAGAAUUUUCCCUGUGGUCGAUGCUACAACCUUUUUCACAGAUUUUCAUCAUAUUCUUCGAGUAAUUUCUGCAGGAAAUAUCCGAACUUUAUGUCACCAUCGGUUAAAUCUUCUGGAGCAAAAAUUCAGUCUUCACUUAAUGCUCAAUGCGGAUAGAGAAUUCCUUGCUCAGAAAACUGCACCACAUCGUGAUUUUUAUAACGUCAGGAAGGUUGAUACUCAUGUACAUCACUCAGCAUGCAUGAAUCAGAAACAUCUUUUACGAUUCAUAAAGUCAAAAUUGAGAAAGGAACCCGAUGAGGUUGUCAUAUUUAGAGAUGGGACCUAUUUGACUUUAAAAGAGGUCUUUGAGAGCUUAGAUCUGACUGGAUACGACCUAAAUGUUGAUCUCUUGGAUGUUCAUGCUGACAAGAGCACAUUUCAUCGAUUUGACAAGUUCAAUCUCAAGUAUAACCCUUGUGGUCAGAGUAGGCUAAGGGAGAUUUUCCUAAAGCAAGACAAUCUUAUUCAAGGUCGUUUCCUUGCUGAACUUACAAAAGAAGUAUUUUCUGACCUUGCUGCAAGUAAAUAUCAGAUGGCAGAGUAUAGGAUAUCAAUUUAUGGUAGGAAACAGAGCGAAUGGGAUCAGUUAGCUAGUUGGAUUGUGAAUAAUGAGUUAUACAGUGACAAUGUUGUUUGGUUGAUUCAGAUUCCACGACUGUAUAAUAUAUACAGGGAAAUGGGGAUAGUCACGUCGUUUCAAAACAUUCUUGAUAAUAUUUUUCUUCCCCUAUUUGAGGUCACUGUUGACCCAGAUUCACAUCCUCAAUUGCACGUCUUCUUAAAACAGGUAGUUGGUUUGGAUUUGGUGGAUGAUGAAAGCAAACCUGAAAGGCGUCCUACAAAGCACAUGCCUACACCGGCUCAGUGGACCAACAUGUUUAAUCCUGCAUUUUCAUAUUAUACAUACUAUUGCUAUGCAAACCUCUACACACUCAACAAGCUCCGGGAAUCGAAGGGAAUGAGAACUAUCAAACUUCGCCCUCAUUGUGGGGAGGCUGGUGAUAUAGAUCACCUUGCUGCAGCAUUUCUUCUUACUCACAACAUUGCUCAUGGAAUCAACCUGAGAAAAUCCCCUGUAUUGCAGUACUUGUACUAUUUGUCUCAGAUUGGUCUUGCAAUGUCUCCUUUGAGCAACAAUUCCUUAUUUCUGGAUUACCAUCGAAACCCUCUUCCGGUGUUUUUCUCUCGAGGUCUUAAUGUUUCUCUGUCAUCUGAUGACCCCUUGCAAAUCCAUUUAACAAAAGAACCGUUGGUGGAGGAAUACAGCAUUGCAGCUUCAGUGUGGAAGCUUAGUGCAUGCGAUUUAUGUGAAAUUGCUAGGAAUUCAGUUUACCAAUCUGGCUUUUCACAUGCUCUCAAGUCUCAUUGGGUUGGGAAAAUGUACUACAAAAGAGGACCCGACGGAAAUGAUAUUCACAAAACGAAUGUGCCUCAUAUUCGACUUGAGUUCCGUGAUACGAUUUGGAGAGAGGAGAUGGAACUGGUUUAUUUAGGGAAGGCUAAAAUACCUGAAGAAAUUGAUGCAUAAGGUGGUUGCUUGUGUACAAGUACUCUACGUUAUUAUAGCCAAUCUUAUAUCCAGAAACAGUAACUAGCACGAAGCUGUCCUGAUAAUUCUCUGCGGCUUGCCUAACUAAUGACCAUUGACCAUUUUUGAAGAGGGAUGAGAAGUUCGCGACAAGUCUGCACGAGAGCUCUAAAUAGAAUAAUCAGUCUGUAGUUGCAGAUUACUUACAGGCGAAUAUGUUCGUUACGAUGGUUAUGUUAAGCUUAACAGUAAUAUCAGUAUAAUGUUUCUAUUUAUUUAUCUAAUAAUGUUAAUUUGGUUGAAGUGUGUUA